AUCAAUGAGACACUUCAAGAGAUGAAUGCGGUCGACAUCGCACAACUAAUUGACAAAAUGCGCACCGUGGAACGCAAAAUGGGGCUCGUCUACACGCUAUUCAAGUCUUCUGUAUAUUCUGUAACAAUGCAAGAUCAAGGUCAAGAAGAACAGACAGAAAAAGAAGAGAGUUUCGUACAACAUGAGCGACGCCGCAGUAGUAUACCAGGGUCACAGAAUAAUCUAUCAAGUAGUGUAGAUCAAUCGUUCCAACUACAACAGCAGCAGACAUCACAAUUUAGGAGGUCUCUCUCUGGCACAAAUGAUUCCACCAACAUCAAUUACAAUAGUGCUCGGAGACAAUCACAGACAAGGAGCUCUAUCGGGUCAACACUAGCAUCUCGACCUGCAAUACUAAGAGUUUCAAAUGCUAAUGCAGCCAGAGAAGAGCUCCAGACAAUAUCGAAUACACAGCCAUCCGCUUCAUCAAUACCAUCAGGGUCAGGGCAUGGACUACGGAUGAGUAACUUCGGUCGUCGGUCUGUUUUGUCUGUUUCGCGCGGUUAUUCUUCCUCGAGAUGGAGCCAAGCUCCCAUACGUGGAUCAGAUUACACUACCAAUCGCCCACGUUUUUGAUAAUAAACACUAGAAAUAAG